GCGAGAGGGAGGCGCCGCUGGGAGCGGAGAGAGGGCGGCGGGGGGAGCCCCAGAGCCGGGAGGCCGGCGCAGCCGUAACGGCUCCUGUUUCCCAUCAUGGCGGGGGCCGGCGCCAGCGGCCGGAAUAAGCGGGCUACGGCAGCGGAGCUGAAAACGGCCUUGGCCAGCGAGACCGACGCGGCAGAGGCGGCGGGCAAGCUGCGGGCGUUGCUAGAGCGGGUGUUGGCCCCGGCGGCGGGUCCGGGCGGUGGCGGCGAGGUGGCGGCCGAGGCGCUGGAGUGGUGCCGCUACCUGCUGUCGGGCGGGGAACCGUGGGACAGCUUCGUGCAAGCCGUACGGGCCUACGACCCGGCCACGCUGUGCGGCCUGGUGUGGACGGCCAACUUCGUGGCCUACCGGUGCCGGACGUGCGGGAUCUCGCCCUGCAUGAGCCUUUGCGCCGAGUGCUUCCACCAGGGCGAGCACGCCGGGCACGACUACAACAUGUUCCGGAGCCAGGCGGGGGGCGCCUGCGACUGCGGCGACAGCAACGUCAUGCGGGAGGCCGGGUUUUGUAAAAGACACCGGAUUAAGUCAAAUUCAAAUGUUCCAUGUGUCCCAAAAGACUUGUUGAUGAUGUCAGAAUUAGUUCUUCCACAGUUCAUCUUUAGUCUUAUUCAGCACUUAAGAGAAGGGUAUAACGAGCCUGCUCUUGACCUGCCAUCAGAGAAGGACCUUCACAAAAUCCUCCAGGUUUUGGAACCUCAUGUUUCCUUUCUAGAAGACUUGACCAAAAUGGGAGGAGCAAUGCGAUCGGUUCUUACCCAAGUUUUGACUAGCCAACAGUUCUACAAAGAUCUUAGCUCUGGUGUUGGAGAGAAUGCAUGUGCAAAGAAAAGUCAUGAAAAGUACCUCAUUGCAUUGAAAGGCUCUGGACUGGCAUUUCCUGAGGAUAAAAUUGCGUGUGGUAUGCAGGAACAAGGAGCUGGAACUAGCACAUUAGCAGUUCAAGGUUUAGCAGGUGCUACGGCAGCAUCAGGACAAGGGGACUCUUCAGAUGAGGAGGACCAGGAUGGUAGCCAAGGUGUGGGCAAGCGCAAGAGGGUGAAACUAAGCAGCACCACCAAAGAUCAAUCCAUCAUGGAUGUUUUGAAGCAUAAAUGUUUUCUAGAAGAAUUGUUAUUUUGGACAAUAAAAUAUGAGUUUCCGCAGAAGAUGGUGACUUUCUUACUCAACAUGCUGCCAGAUCAAGAUUAUAAGAUUGCUUUUACCAAAACUUUUGUUCAACAUUAUGCUUUUAUUAUGAAAACACUGAAGAAAAGCCAUGAGUCAGACACUAUGUCUAAUAGAAUUGUGCACAUCAGCGUUCAGUUGUUCAGCAACGAAGAACUAGCACGCCAAGUGACAGAAGAAUGCCAGCUGCUGGACAUCAUGGUCACUGUUCUGUUAUAUAUGAUGGAAAGUUGCCUUAUUAAAAGUGAAUUGCAAGAUGAAGAAAAUAGUUUACAUGUUGUGGUGAAUUGUGGGGAAGCACUACUGAAGAAUAAUACUUACUGGCCCCUGGUUAGUGAUUUUAUAAACAUACUUUCACACCAAAGUGUGGCGAAGAAGUUUUUGGAAGAUCAUGGUCUUUUGGUAACGUGGAUGAAUUUUGUAUCAUUCUUUCAAGGUAUGAAUUUAAAUAAGCGAGAAUUGAAUGAGCACGUGGAGUUUGAAUCACAGACAUACUAUGCUGCCUUUGCUGCUGAGCUGGAGGCCUGUGCCCAGCCAAUGUGGGGUCUUCUGUCACACUGCAAAGUUAGGGAAACACAGGAAUACACACGAAAUGUUGUCAGAUACUGCCUUGAAGCACUUCAGGACUGGUUUGAUGCUAUCAACUUUGUAGAUGAGCCAGCUCCUAAUCAAGUCACAUUUCAUUUGCCACUGCACCGUUAUUUUGCCAUGUUUUUAAGUAAGGCUGUCAAAUGCCAAGAGCUAGAUCUGGAUACCAUCUUGCCAGAUCAAGAGAUGCUGAUGAAACUAAUGAUUCACCCACUUCAGAUUCAGGCAAGUCUUUCAGAAAUUCAUAGCAACAUGUGGGUUAGAAACGGUCUACAAAUUAAAGGACAGGCCAUGACUUAUGUCCAGUCUCAUUUCUGCAAUUCAAUGAUUGACCCUGACAUUUACCUGCUGCAAGUCUGUGCCUCUAGGCUGGACCCAGAUUAUUUUAUUUCCUCCGUUUUUGAAAGGUUUAAGGUGGUAGAUCUGUUAACAAUGGCAUCACAGCAUCAAAAUACAGUUCUUGAUUCAGAGCAUGAAAGGUCCAUGUUGGAAGGAGCCUUAACAUUCUUGGUCCUUCUAUUAAGUCUCCGUUUACAUUUAGGAAUGACAGAUGAUGAGAUCCUCAGAGCAGAGAUGGUAGCUCAACUCUGUAUGAAUGACAGGACACACAGUUCAUUAUUGGAUCUCAUUCCAGAAAAUCCCAAUCCUAAAAGUGGUAUUAUUCCAGGAAGCUUAAGCUUUGAGUCGGUCUUGUCAGCAGUUGCUGAUUUUAAAGCUCCUGUUUUUGAACCUGGAGGUUCCAUGCAACAAGGAAUGUACACACCUAAAGCUGAAGUGUGGGAUAAGGAAUUCGACCCUGUCAUGGUAAUACUUCGAACGGUUUACCGUAGAGAUGUGCAGUCUGCAAUGGACAGAUACACAGCAUUUUUAAAGCAAAGUGGCAAAUUCCCUGGGAACCCCUGGCCACCUUACAAGAAAAGAACACCUCUGCAUCCAAGUUACCAGGGUCUCAUAAAGCUUUUACACUGUAAAACCCUGCACAUCGUGCUGUUCACGCUGCUUUACAAGAUAUUAAUGGAUCAUCAAAAUUUGUCAGAACAUGUGCUUUGCAUGGUGUUGUAUUUGAUUGAGCUGGGACUGGAAAAUUCUCCAGAACAGGAGUUAGAUGAAGAGGAAUCUGCAGGUGGACAAGAGCGCUGCCAUGAUAGCUGGUUUCCAGGUAGUAACUUGGUUUCUAACAUGCGUCACUUCAUUAACUAUGUCCGAGUAAGAGUACCAGAAACUGCUCCAGAGGUAAAGAGGGAACCACCUGCAAGUACAAGUUCUGAUGGUUUAGCUUCAUCACAGAACUCGGGGACAGCUCAAGUCUUCAGCCUGGUUGCAGAACGUAGGAAGAAAUUUCAAGAGAUCAUCAAUCGAAACACCUCUGAGGCAAACCAGGUGGUUCGGCCCAAGGCAUCAAUGAAAUGGUCAGCACCUGGUGCAACUCCACAGCUAACAACAGCCAUUCUGGAGGUCAAGGAAAGCAUACUGUCCUUGCUGAUUAAACUGCACCACAAACUCUCAGGAAAACAAAACUCUUACUAUCCUCCCUGGUUGGAUGAUGUGGAUGUUUUAAUCCAUCCGGAAGUUCCGAGGUACUCUCACGGUGAUGGAAUGACGGCCGUAGAAAGAAUUUUACUGAAAGCUGCUGCACAAAGCAGAUUGAAUAAAAGAAUCAUUGAAGAGAUAUGCAAAAAGGUGACACCACCUGUACCACCAAAAAAGAUUAGUUCUACAGAGAAGAAAACACUGGAUAAAGAAGAAAGACGACAGAAGGCCAGAGAAAGGCAGCAGAAAUUGUUGGCUGAAUUUGCCUCAAGGCAGAAAAGCUUCAUGGAAACUGCCAUGGAUGUUGAAUCUCCAGAUGCUGAUAUUGCCAUGGAGGUAGCUACAUCAGAACAGCAUGUUUCCGAGGCAAUAUAUGAUUGUGUCAUUUGUGGACAAAGUGGUCCUUCUACUGAAGACAGACCUACAGGGCUAGUUGUACUAUUACAAGCAUCCUCAGUGUUGGGACAGUGCCGCAAUAGCACUGAGCCAAAGAAACUACCAACUAGUGAGGAGGAGCAAAUACGUUCUGGAGAUACCUGUGCAGCACUGCAUGAAGAGAGGCUUGCAACUUUACAGAAAUACUUUAAAGAUAGUUCCUGCUUGCAAGCAGUGUCAAUAGGUUGGGAAGGAGGUGUUUAUGUACAAACUUGUGGUCACACUUUACAUAUAGAUUGUCACAAAUCUUACAUGGAAUCUUUACGGAAUGACCAGGUCCUCCAGGGAUUUUCAGUGGACAAAGGAGAAUUUACUUGUCCUCUCUGUAGGCAAUUUGCUAACAGUGUUCUUCCUUGUUAUCCUGGAAACAACGUGGAGAGAAGCCUUUGGCAAAGUCACAGUAACAAGUGUAUGCAAGAUCUUGUACAAGAGGUGGAAGAUCUUCAAGAACAGCUGGGAACUUUCCCAGUAAGCAUCAGUUCUGAAACCAAUCUCAGUAAAGAAAUGGAGUCUGUAAUGAAAGAUAUAAAAAGUACCACACAGAAGAAGUAUCUGGAUUACAGUAAGAAUCCUGGAUCACCUGACAAUGAUUUUCUCUUUAUGUAUUCAGUAGCCAGAACUAACUUGGAACUUGAGCUGGUUCAUCGAGGAGGCAACCUGUGUUCAGGGGGUGCAAGCACAGCUGGGAAAAGAUCAUGCUUAAAUCAGCUGUUCCAUGUGUUGGCCAUGCACAUGCGCCUCUACAGUAUAGACUCUGCAUACAAUCCUUGGAGAAAACUAACCCAGCCAAUGCAGGACAAAAAUUCAGAGCUAACAAGUGAAGAGCUGCCAGAAGUUCCUGUGCUUUACAGAGAUGUCUCAUCCCUUUUGCUUAUCCAGAUUUUAACCAUGCCUCAACCACUGCGCAAAGAACACUUCAGCUGCAUUAUAAAAGUACUGUUCACUUUACUGUAUACUCAAGCCUUGGCAGCACUUUCUGUUAAAUGCAGUGCUGAGGAUAGAGCGGCAUGGAAAGAGGCAGCAGCUUUCAAAAAGAAUUCAACUAGUGGAGAAAAAUCUUGGGAAGUAUUGCUGGGUCAUGUGAUUACUGAGCUGUCUAAGGGGAAGAUCUAUGAAGGAGGAGACACUGAAGAAUUAACAGUGGUAAAUCCUGAUUCUGUGGAGCGCUAUCUGCAGCAGUUCUGCCUUCCUUUCCUCAGGAUAACAAGUCUUCUUCAACACCAUCUUUUUGGAGGAGACUUACCUAGUUGCCAGGAAGAUGAAGAAUUCACUAUUCUUGCAAGCUGCCUGGGUCUAUUACCAUCUUUUCAGUCAUCUCAUCAGUUCACCAGUGCCUCUUGCCUCGAUUGGCCAGUGCCAGCAUUUGACAUGAUAUCACAGUGGUGCUCAGAAUUGGCUUCAUUUGCAGACAGACAUCCAGAUCAAGUCAAGGCUUUGCUUAUCCAGGAACCUAAGUGGGACUUACCACGCCUCCUUCAGCUGCCUGAGAAUUACAAUACCAUUUUUCAGUAUUAUCACAGAAAAACUUGUGCUAUUUGUACCAAGGUUCCUAAAGAUCCAGCUGUUUGCCUAGUUUGUGGUACUUUUGUAUGCUUGAAAGGACUGUGCUGCAAACAACAGAGCUACUGUGAAUGUGUACUGCAUUCUCAAAACUGUGGAGCUGGGACAGGAAUAUUUCUUUUGAUUAACGCAUCUGUAAUCAUCAUCAUCAGAGGUCAUCGUUUCUGCCUCUGGGGUUCUGUUUAUCUAGAUGCACAUGGUGAAGAAGACAGAGAUCUUAGGCGUGGUAAACCUCUCUACAUAUGCAAGGAAAGAUACAAAGUGCUUGAGCAGCAGUGGGUGUCUCAUACUUUCGAUCAUAUCAAUAAAAGAUGGGGGGCACAUUAUAACGGCUUGUAAAUCAUCAUCAUCGUCUACACAUCGGAUCAUUGCUGUUACUGUGAUGAAUGCAUCUUGACUGACAAUAGCUUUAAUUGGAGUUUAGCUCUCUGACUCGGGAUGGAGUUAGGGUAUGGGUAGAAAAGGGAAAUGGAACUUUGUCAACUUGUGAAACUUUUGCAAAAUUAGCUGCUCUUGCUGUUAACUAAUGAUACAAGAAUUUGAAAUUAAAUCCUCAAAAUAAUGUGAGCGAUCUGAUUGCACUCAGUAAUCUAUUUUUUCUUUUGUUUUUUGGUUGUUUUUUUUUAAAGCCCAUUAUUGGUAAGAAGCACAACUUAUAGAAUUGUUUAGAGGCUUCAGGUUCAGGUGUCAGGUUUUAUUUUUUCUCUGCAUGGAGCUGAGUUUUUAGCAACUUCUGCUGAAACAGCAUGUGUCUAUUACAUCCACUAAAUACGUUGGGUAGAAUUUCUUUGCCUUGUGUUGGCUUGAGGUUUUUGCUUGCUAUGCAUUUGUAAUUGGAUGAAAGGUGUAAAACAGUUGUGAGACUGCAUGGUGAUAAUUGGUCAGAAAGUUGAAUUUCUAAAGAGUAUUUCACUCUCACAAGAGGUCUGCUGAACUAUUUCAGGCAUUACUGAAAACUUAUGCAUUCUCAGGAAUUCCUUAUUUUUUAUCCAUAAAUAAGUGAAAUAGCUGUAAAUUAGGUAUCUUACUGUUCUUAGUGUAUUCCAGAACACAUAUUCUUUCUUUUUCUUUAUUCUUUUUCAGAAAGGAGACUUCUUUUUCCUUAUCAGUUGAUUAAAGUGUUAGUGGUUACACAUACAGAAAUUGUUGUGUGUAAAGAGAAUUUGUACUGUGCCCAACAUAGUGGAUCCCAGUUACAAGCAUAACAACCUAAGCCUGCCUGUCAUUUCAAACCAGAUGUAUGUUUCAGAAUGAUUGGAUUGGAAAUGUGCAAGCUAUUCUGCAAAUGAAACAUAAUUAUGCAUCUUUCCUGUCAUUUCAGGAGGUUCCUCUGUAUUGUGUUUGUUUAGAGUAAUCACUGUUCUUUCUGCUUGGUUUCCUAAAGGAGGAAAAAUAAACCAACUGAGAUAGCCUAGAUGAACAACCAAUGCAUGUGCAGCCUCACUGGAUGAAUGCCAAAAGCGUUAAUGCAUAGAGGGCUAAAAAUGUAACGAGAAUAGGUGUGACUGGGCUAAACCCCACGGUGUAAGUAGGUAGGGAAGAUUAUAGUUAAAAUGCUGGUAUGUAAUAUAUUGCUACUAAUGUUUUUCACAAGUGUUGGACGUUUAUUGGCUAUUUCAUACAGUACUACAAGCACCUCCUGGUAGUUUUGACUUUCAUAGCUUGUGUGUAAAAUAAAAUUUCUAUGUUUAAAAAAAAACAUCCUACGAUAAAGCCACACACACAAUGAAACCAGUUUGCCAGUGGAAGUCAUUAUCUAGUGAAAAGUGUAUGGGGAAAUAAAAUGACUGUAUAGCCAUCAAGGAGAAUGGAUGGAAGGAAAAGUAAGUAAAUUAGUUUUUCUGGAUACUUGCAAUUCAAAAAAGCCCACCAUAAAGGAUGCUGGCUUCUAUACAUACAUAUAAAUAUAUAUAUAUAUAUGUAUUUCAAAAGUAUUACAGUACUUCCUGUAAGAUUAGAAUGACUCUGUUUCACCAACUAAAUGGCUAUGUCUUUUCCAAAAUACUACUUUUUGAUACUGUAUUAUAAGUUCUGCCUGUAAUAUUUUUGCAUUGCUGACUACAAGUAUCAGGCCAUUUUGUAAGUGUGGUUAAAGAGCAAAAAGAUUCUCUACGUCUCCAGCAUAAUAUUAUAACAGGGCUCAUGAGUAAUCUGUAGUUUGAAGCUCCAAUGCUAUAUCUACAGGAGACAGCAUAUCCAGAAUUUGACUGCUGUGUUUUAUUUAGAAUGGAAUGUUCUCUGGUUGUGCAUAUGGAUGUGAAUUAAAACAAUUAGCCUUAACUUUAACACUGCGAUAUUUCAUAGUGUUUAUUUUAGUACUGGUGAAUUAGUUACCAGUCAAUUAAAAAAAAACAAACAACAAAACACCAACAAAACAAAACCAGAAAAAUCACUUGGUUGAAAAAUUGUACUUGAAUAUCCUUGCAUGCUGCUAAACAAGAAUUUUGAUUUCCCCCAUAACUUUUUUAAUCCUACUUUAUUAAGCUAACCUUGAAGAAACAACAGGUCCAAACUAGAGUGAUGUGUGUGUGUGUGCAUUACUCAAACGUUCUGGUGUGAUAUCCUGUAUGAAUGAUCAUUUAAGUACAGUACAUUACUGUUAGAUUCUACAGAAUCAAUCUUUAUAACACAUCAGAAGAGUACAAAACUAGGACUACAACAAUCAACAUUGUAAGAUAUGUGAAUAAAAGUCUACUGUCAAUCUGUACGUUCGUGAUAUUUUUUCUCUGCCCCACUCCAAAGUGUGAUUAGUGUUGAAUUCUACCCAAUAGCCAAGCAGUUAUUUAAAUAUCAGAAGCUUAUGCAUGCAAAGUAUUUUGCAUAGAGAGUAAAUCUGGUUGGUUUGCUUUUACUUUUUUCUUUUUGUCACUUCGCAGUCAUGUAUUUUGUAUUAAUAAUUUGGAGUAUUUUAUUUUACUUAAGUAUACCACUUAAAGUUGUGCUUCAUUUUAUGUCAGCUAUGACAGCAUUGCUGCUGCAAACUGCUAUGAUUAAAAUGCUGAACUGAGAAACUGUACUUCUGGGAAAACCAUGCUUGAUCUUCUCAUUUGUCAGAUCUGUUUCUGGAAUAUCUAUUAAUUCAGUUUGUUGAAUGUAUAUAUUUAUGUAUUAAAUUUUUCCUUUUCUUUUGACCUUUGGGAAAUUUGGUGAAACAGUCUUCUUUUGACCUUGGCCUUUGGAUAAUAGCUGUUUGGUUUUUUGGUUUGUUUUUUUUCUAAUGGCAGCCUGAAAUUUUCAGUGAUAUUUUUCCCAUCCCUGCAAUAAGAAUCAUGCAUAACUCAUGGCAUGUUACAAGCAAAUGACAUUUUUCCUUUAAAAAGAGGAUCUUGCGCUGCAAUAGUCAGCAAAUGUUACUCUUUACUGCAGAAUCCCAUGGGAUCAGUUUCUGCAUCUUGAUGUGAUUUAGACCUAAUACUUAUCUAACCCAGAUUCUGCAGUCUUGCUUUUCACUUUUUUUCUCCAAAGUUGGGGGUGAUGAUGGCUGGAGACUGUCAGAGCAUUAGCUUAGCGAAGAAGGAAAUUACAGAUUGCAAACAGGAAUGAGCUGACCGAGUGUAUGAAGGUUCAUAGCUCUCAACUGCAGGAUGUGAGGGGUUGCCUGUUCCCAGAGGGCCCUGGCUCUGUGUGACCAUUUCUGUGGUAUGCAUUGCUCACUGCAGUCAGGGAGAUCCAAGCUGAAGACCAUGCUACAUGUAUGUCUCCUUUUGGUAGAGCUCCCCAAGCAUCUAUUACUGUUUUCUCGUGUGGGCCAGGUUUUCCUGCCAAGUGCUCUUACACUGAGAAAAGCCCCAGCUGCUGUAGUUCAGCCUUGUGACUUACCCUGCCACUCUAACAUCCUGUCACUGCAGAUGUAAUCUUGCUAGGUUUUACUAGCUAUUACUUUGUGGAAAUGGAUGACCCUUAAGUAGGAAAAGCAUAUCGUCAAGGAAGUCAGACACUUCAUAAAUUCUUGCCAUAAAAAUGGUAAGGGUGUUUUAUAAAUUAAAAUACUAAUUUAUAGGCUUUUAAUUUUUUUUUAAAUUCACUGUAUCAUUUGUACUUUCCUAACAAUACUGUUCAGGAGAUUUAAUACUGUAUGCUUCAGAUACUGUGAUUCUUUGAAAUACUACUGAGAAAGCAAAACUGAAUCUUGUUAAAAUAAAUGGUUUCAAAAAAGCUAAUCUUACUACCCUAAAACAUUAUUUUUGCAUAGUACAGGAAAAUGUGGAGGAAAAAAAAAUCCUGCUGCUUUGAAAAGCAUUUUAAAUUUAGCUCUGAGUCCCAGUUAAAAUGUCUCAAAAUGAGCCUUUCAUGAAAGUACCAUUAUUUGAAAAGCCAUUUCCUGUAAUUCUGCCACUUGAUGAAAAGCAGGCUGGUCUCUUAAUUUGUGAAAAUGGAAGCUGGUUCCAUGGAAACCUCUCACAUCAUUGAAUGAUUUACUACCCAAUAAACAAUUUAUUAUUC